CACAAUCAGAACCAGGGAACCUGCAAAUCACGCACACCCACUGAGGAGAUACUGAAGAACCCUUCCUCCCCCUCUUCACUCCCUUCCUCUCCCUCUCACACUGUCUCUCAGAGCUCUGCGCUCAGUUUUACCAGAACUGCGCUGCACGUAGAUAGGCUUUGUGUCGCUACUCACCCAGCCUGCUGCCUCUGAGGAGGAACAUCAAGAAGCUCACGCACUCAGUCGCCGUUUCAUUUCUUUUCCACCGGGAUGCUGGAGCUCGGACCGAGAUGGACGAGGCUGAUCUUUAUGUUGGUUUUGUGUCUGUGUCUCUACCUGCCGGGGGAAUCGUAUACCAGGAGAGCCCCAAAGGUACCUCGCUGUCCUGCAAGCUGCUCCUGCACCAAAGACAGUGCUUUCUGCGUGGACACUAAGACCAUCCCCAAGAGCUUCCCCCCUGGAAUCAUCUCUCUGACGAUGGUGAACGCAGCCUUCACAAUGAUCCCAGAGGGAGCUUUCUCGCACUUUCACCUGCUGCAGUUCCUGCUGUUGAACUCCAACACAUUCACGAAGAUUGCUGACGAUGCUUUUGCUGGUCUGUCUCACCUGCAGUACUUAUUCAUUGAGAACAAUGACAUCCAGGACCUGUCCAAGUAUACCUUCAGAGGAAUCAAAUCUCUCACUCAUCUAUCCCUCUCCAAUAACAACCUGCAGCAGCUGCCUAGAGAUCUCUUCAAACAUCUAGACAUCCUCACAGAUUUAGACUUGCGUGGGAACUCGUUCCGCUGCGACUGUAAGAUCAAGUGGCUGGUCGACUGGAUGGAGAAGACCAACACUUCGGUUCCAGCCAUCUACUGUGCCAGCCCCUUUGAAUUUCAGGGUCGCAGAAUCCGUGAUCUCACCCCACGGGAUUUCAACUGUAUCACAGCAGACUUUGCUGUAUAUGAAACCUUCCCUUUCCACUCUGUGUCAGUGGAGUCCUAUGAGUUCAGUGGAGAUCAGUUUGUUGCCUUUGCUCAACCUGAUUCAGGAUUCUGUACCCUGUAUAUAUGGGAUCAUGUUGAGAUGAUCUUCAGAACAUUUCAUAAUAUCACCUCUCGCUCGGCUGUGUACUGCAAACCUGUGGUGAUAAGCAACACUCUUUACAUGGUUGUGGCUCAACUUUUUGGAGGAUCUCACAUAUACAAGUGGGAGGAGGGCCCACAGCGCUUUAUAAAGAUCCAAGACAUUGACACCAAUCGGGUGAGGAAACCCAACUUUGUGGACACCUUCCUGCUAGACGGAGAGUGGUAUUUUGUUGUGGCAGACAGCUCCAAGGCGGGUUCCACCAGCAUCUAUCGUUGGAACAACAACGGGUUCUACUCCCAUCAGUCCCUCCAUCCCUGGCACCGGGACACUCAUGUGGAGUUCAUUGAUGUUGGGGGGAAGCCUCAUCUCAUCCUAUCCAGCGCCUCUCAGCCACCAGUGAUUUACCAGUGGGACCGAAGCCAGAAGCAGUUUGCUUUCCAUUCCAUAAUUAAAGAGCCUGCAGACGUGCAGAUGGUAAAGCACUUCUGGGUAAGGAAAGUCCUCUACCUCUGCCUCACGCGCUUCAUUGGUGACUCUAAGAUCUUGCGGUGGGAGGGACAGCGGUUCAUGGAGAUCCAGACUCUGCCCUCUCGGGGGUCGAUGGUGGUGUAUCCCUUCAUCGUGGGCCCUCGCCAGUACCUCAUCCUGGGAAGCGAUUUCUCCUUCUCCAGAGUGUACCUGUGGGACGACCUCACUCAGCGCUUCCAACCCUUCCAGGAGCUCAACAUGAGGGCCCCAAGGGGAUUCAGCUUGGUAUCGGUCAACAACAAGGACAUUCUGCUGGCCGCCAGCUUCAAAGGCAACACCCUCGCCUACCAGCACCUGGUGGUGGAUCUCAGCGCCAAAUGAGCAACAAAGGUGUUCACCUUCUAAUUAAAAAAUGUGCCAAUAAGACUGCAAAAAUGUUGAAGCCAUGUAACUGAAAAUCUGCUGUUUCCUCCGAGGUCUUGAGUAAACCAACUAAUUGUUUAUGAAUUUUUGCGCUAUUACUUAAAAGCUAAUGGAAAUAAUGUGUUAGUCAAUAUUAGAGUUGUGGAACUGUUGAAUCACUGUUCUGUUCAAAGAAAUUUUAAAUAGAGCAUUACUGUUUUUAUUCGAUUUUGUUGUAUUUAACUAAUAUCUAAAUAACAUGCAUGUACAUAUCAGAAUUAUAUGAAUUAUUAUACUGGAUAUUGAAUGAAGAAAACUAUACACGUUUUGUACAAUGGUGAACUUAAGAUCAUUUUGCUGUAUAUAAAACAAGCUUAACCUAAACACACUUACAGCUCUUAUCCUUAUUUGUAUAAUCAACAUUAAUCUGUUUUUGGACUAAAUGAAAUAAAAUAAAUUUAUUGACAUCAUUCAUUGUAAUCCAAAUAGCUCACAAUAAAACAAGAUGUUUGCUAGA